AUGGAAGAAGACGCGCUUCUAGGCGCGGCGGAGACAACACUAGAAGAUAUCAAACAAUUUGCAGAGCAAUAUGGACUCGACAACAGGCUCGAACUCCUGCAAGACGCUGCUGCAUUGCUGAGAGAUGGCGAGACCGCAGCCACCUCGGACGGUAAUCGGCGCAGUAAAUGGAGCCAACCACUCCAGCUGUACCUAUGCAUCCUCGCGACAGCAUUCGGCGCAUUGGGACAAGGCUGGGCGCAGACAGGUAUCAACGGAGCGAACCUCUAUUUUCCACAGGUCUUUGGUAUCGGCCCACUUAUAGUCGGCUUCAUCAACGCUGGAAUCUAUUUCAGUACCGGCAUUCUGGGAUCCUGGCUCGUGGCACCUAUGAACAAGCACUUGGGCCGUAGAGCAACAGUUUUCGCGGGAGCUCUCAUCUCUCUACUCUUCAAUCUCGGAGGCUCAGCAGCAGGGAGCUGGCAAAGCUUGCUUGUGUGCCGAUUUGCUUUGGGGAUUGGUCUCGGACUUACGAAUUGUACUCUGAAUAUCUUCGCAGCUGAAAGUGCGCCUGCAGCUAUACGAGGAGGGCUGGGAGUCGCAUGGCAGAUGUAUACCGCAUUCGGCGUCUUUGUCGGGUUUCUGACGAAUAUGCUGGUGGACAGCAAUCCGGAAGCUUAUGGCCCACUACGAUGGAGGGUCAUGUUGAUGGCGCCUGCAUUGCCGACUGUGCCUCUGAUGUUCCUCAUAUUCGUUUGUCCUGAAUCUCCGGCUUGGUUGAUCAAGCAGACCGGUGACUAUGGUCGUGCCUUCCAAUCUCUGGCAAGAUUAAGAAACACGGAACUAGAAGCCGCCCAGGAAAUUGUCAACAUCCAUGCUCAGAGAAAGCGUGUUGCGAAGAUCGUGGAGCCACGUUCGUUUGGCAAGACUGUUGUCGAGCUGUUUACCAUUCCACGAGUCAGACGUGCUACACUUGCUGCGUACAGUGCUCAAAUCUCUCAGCAACUCUGCGGCAUCAACAUUGUCGCAUUCUAUUCCUCAACGAUAUUCGUCCAGGCUCACUUCACGACCUAUGCUGCAGAGAUGGCGUCGACCAUCUUCGGCCUAGUCAACUUUCUUGGGGCGUUUCCCGCAAUCUGGACAAUGGACUCCCUUGGCAGGCGCUCUCUGCUGCUCUUGACAUUGCCUCCGAUGGCGGUAUCAAUGGCAAUCGCCGGAUUCAGCUUCUCCAUUUCCGACGACAGUGCUACGCUCAGAUUCGGCUUGACGACCAGCAUGAUCUACCUCUUCUGCUUACUCUACUCUCCGGGCAUGGGUCCGGUCCCAGCAACAUACUCUGCAGAAGUAUUCCCUUUGUCCCACCGAGAAGUGGGAACUUCCUCAGCAAUUGCGGUCACGAGUCUUUUCGCCACAAUUCUAUCGCUAUCAUUUCCCUGGUUGCUAAGCGUGCUUGGAACUCAAGGCAGCUUCCUGCUGUACGCAGUGCUGAAUGUAGUAGCCUGGGUCCUCGUGUUCCUCUUCGUGCCGGAGACGAAACGUAGAACGCUGGAAGAGCUGGAUGAGACAUUCUCGCUUGCCACUGGCGAUUUUGUCAGGUAUCAGGUUCAAGAGGUCGCCCCGUGGUGGAUCAAGACACAUCUGCUGCGUCGAAAAGAUGUCAAGCUUGCGGCGCAUCCUAGUGAAGGGUAUGGGCACGAAUAUACUCCUGUCGAGCGAGAUUCAGACUAA